UAUUUAAUUUUUAAAAUUUUCUCUACAAAUGGAAAAGUGCAAAUAGCUAAAAUUUGGAUUAGGGAAAAGGUAGCCGAAAUAAAGAUCAAAACUUAGAAGGAGUUUCUAGGAAAUAUGUAGAUAACCUGGCUUGAAAUCAUCUUUAAAAAUUGCUGUACUAAUUUUUCUGAUCUUUCUUGCAGACAUCAUCAGUUACAUGAUUUGCAAUUCUCUAAAGAGAAAGUAGAUAAAUUUCCCAUGGGAAAGAAUUAUUUCUUGCCAUAUGAGUCUAAAACAGACAUCCUUUUUGGGUCUUUCUCUAGGUGGUGGAAUACACAGUGUUCUCAGUAAGCACUCCUGUGGUAAAUGCAAUAGAUUUGUUCUAGCUGUAUCAUAAAAUGAUCUCUUUUAGAGAGAAGGUAUCAUAACGUCAUAGCCAAACUCCUUGAACUUUAUCCUUUCAGCUGCUGUCAUCAAACUGUUGUCUGUGGGCCAAUCCAGUUCUCCAACUGUUUUUAUAAAUAAAGUUUUAUUGGCAGUACAGCCUUGCCAUUUGUUCACUGCUGCCUAUGGCUGUUUUCAUGCUACAACAGCAGGGUUGGGGGAUAGUAUCAUUCAAGGAUGUGGCUGUGGAUUUCACCCAGGAGGAGUGGCAGCAACUGGAUCCUGCUCAGAGGACCCUGUACAGGGAUGUGAUGCUGGAGAACUACAGCCACCUGGUCUCAAUGGGACAUCCAGUUUCCAAACCAGAUGUCAUCUCCAAGUUGGAACAAGGAGAAGAUCCAUGGAUCAUAAAGAGAGACAUAUCAAAUUGGAUCUAUCCAGAUGAAAAUCAGGCAGAUGGGAGACAAGACAGGAAGAGUAACCUUGAGAACCCUGAAUCAUGUAUUUUGGGGUCUGUUUCCUUCCAUAAUAAGAUACUGAAAGGAGUCACAAAGGAUGAUUCAUUGUACUCCAUUUUAAAAUUCUGUCAAGGUGAUGGCCAGCUGCAGAGAUAUCAAGAAAACCAAGACAAACUUUUCAGGCAAGUAACUGUCAACAACAACAAAACAAUAACUAUGGAGUCAGACCAUAAAUACAAUGCAUUAGGAAAAAUAUUUCGAGAGUGCAUAGAGCCAGAUAUUUCAAGACAAAGACCCCAUAACUAUCAUGCACUAAAAAAACCCUUGAAAUCUAAUAUUGACCUUCCUAGUUGUAAUAAGGGCAAUGCAAGGAAAAACCCUGAUGAGAGUUUUGGAUAUGAAAAAUCAUCUAGCCAUGGUGUGUCCAAUUCCAGUCUUGGGAAAAUUCACAAUGGAGUAAUACCCUGUGAUGAUAAUCCAUGUGGAAACAUUUUCAGCAAUAAACAGUCCCUUGUUCAACUUCCGAAUGUUGAAACUAAGGAGAAAACCUGUAUAUGUAUGACAUGUGGAAAAGCUUUUGCUAAGAAGUCACAACUCAUUGUACAUCAACGAAUUCAUACUGGAAAGAAACCAUAUGAUUGUGGUGCGUGUGGCAAAGCCUUCAGCGAGAAGUUUCAUCUCGUUGUACAUCAGAGAACCCAUACUGGGGAGAAACCUUAUGAAUGUUCUGAAUGUAGAAAAGCCUUCUCUCAAAAAUCAUCCCUCAUUAUACAUCGGAGAGUCCACACUGGGGAAAAACCAUACGAAUGUAGUGCAUGUGGGAAAGCCUUCUCCCAGAAAUCACCCCUCAUCAUACAUCAGAGAAUUCACACUGGAGAGAAACCUUAUGAAUGUAGAGAGUGUGGGAAGGCCUUCUCCCAGAAGUCACAGCUGAUUAUACAUCAUAGAGCUCAUACUGGAGAGAAGCCAUAUGAGUGUACUGAAUGUGGGAAAGCCUUCUGUGAGAAGUCCCACCUCAUCAUACAUAAAAGAAUUCACACUGGGGAGAAACCCUACAAAUGUGCUCAAUGUGUAGAAGCCUUCAGCAGGAAAACAGAACUCAUUACACACCUGUUAAUUCAUACUGGGGAGAAGCCUUAUGAAUGUACUGACUGUGGGAAAACCUUCUCCCGGAAGUCACAGCUCAUCAUCCAUCAGAGAACACAUACUGGAGAGAAACCCUAUAAAUGCAGUGAAUGCGGAAAAGCCUUCUGUCAGAAAUCACAUCUCAUUGGACAUCAGAGAAUUCACACAGGAGAAAAACCUUAUGUAUGCACUGAAUGUGGGAAAGCCUUCUCUCAGAAGUCCCACCUCCCAGGACAUCAGCGAAUUCAUACAGGAGAGAAACCUUACAUAUGUGCUGAAUGUGGAAAAGCCUUUUCCCAGAAAUCAGACCUUGUUUUACAUCAGAGAAUUCAUACUGGGGAAAGACCCUAUCAGUGUGCUGUAUGUGGGAAAGCCUUCAUCCAGAAAUCACAACUCACUGUACAUCAGAGAAUUCAUAGCAGUGUAAAAUCAGAAUGAACUGAACACAGAAAAGCCUUCAAUAUUAGCUGAAGCCUUAAUAAAUACUAGAAACCUAAUUAAUAAGUUUGUGAAACACAUCUUUAUAGAUAGAAUUUUACAAGAGAAUUCAUGUCUGUAGUGUGGUGAUACCUAAUUCUUUCAGUAAAGACGAUGGAAAAUAAUUAUAUAAGUGAAGGAUACUUUCAACAUGGCAUGUAAAGCUUUUAAAAAGUUAUGAACUGAAUGGUCAGUAGAAGAAAUCAUUUAUAUAGACUAUUGUCAAGUUACGUAUUCCUUAUUAUACCAUGUAACAACCAGACGUUGUGAAAUUGCUAAUAUUAGCUUGGCAUAAUUUUGACCAUACAGUAGUUCCCUAUAAAGGGCAUGAAGAAAGCUUGAGUAAAAAAAAAUCAGUUCUUAGAAACUGCAUUAUAAGGAGGAGCUUAGCGUAACCCCUAAAGAUACAUGUAAAAUUCUUGUACAAAGAUGGAAAGAUAGGCUGAUCAGAUUCAAUAAAAGUGAUGUUUAUGUGUUUUCCCAUUUCAAGCAUCAUAAGUUGACCUGUCUCUAUGGAAAGAUCCUGGACCUUGAAAUUGAUGCUUCUUGACCAGGUCUCCCCUUUACUUGCCCUCACUGAGAAUUUGGUAUGGUGGAAAGACUUUAGUACUGAACCAGAUGAUCUUGGGUUUAAUCCUGGCUCGUACAGAUUGUGUGACUUCAGGCAAACCUACUUCACCCAUGUGAAUAUUUUUACUUAUUGGUAAAUAAAAGUACAAUGUAGAGCACAUUUUCAGGUAAUAUUAGUUCUUUUUAUCUUUCCUCUGUAUCCUCCUGCAACAGGAUGCUGAGACGCACAGUUAAAAGCCACAUCUGCACUUGCUUUGUACUUCAGACACUCUGCUUUGACCUCCCAUUCCUGUGAUUGGUUCCCACUUUGAUAUCCCAUUCCUAUGACUGUUUCAUUUUACCGUUUUUGACCCUCAUGGCCUUGAUUCUUGGUAUGUUAAAGUGACAUUUUAUUAAACUUUCAUUAUUUUUUACAGACACUUA